AUGUAUACUAUCGACGAAGUUGUACGCGCAGCUGAAAUAAUAUCAGCCUCUUUUCCUACCUUAACUUCAGACCUGCUUUCCCACCAUCGUCGAGAACUGCAGUUUGCAUUUGACAGCUUGGGUGGCGCCCUCCGCUCGACGCCUACGAUUGAUAAUUCACUAUUACAGAGCAGCAGCCAGGAAGACACCUCGAACCUACCACGAAAUAACAUAUCUCAGAAUCACGAUACACGAGAUGGUCAAGGAGCCGCUGAGAUCAUUCAAAACGACCGUAUUGAGACUGAGCGACCGCAGCAAGAUCGUGGACAAGAUGCAACACAAAAUAGACCGAUACCAAAUAAGAUCACUCGAAGGCCACGAAAUACCCCAUCGCAGGAUACCUACCUGAGAACGAUAAUGAAUAUCAUAGAUCAAUUCAGUGAAAAGAUCCAUUCCUUUGUCGAUAAGCGUGCAGAAACGGCCGUUCUGUAUCUCGAUAAUUGGACUGAUAUGGAUCCAUUUGAAGUUGACAUUAUUAUGUCAUUACGCGGUGCCUCUACAGCCCAAAGACUUCGCACAUUUCUUGCCCGCUAUAUUUUUGCGGAAAAAUAUUUAGAUUGGGCCGAGUCGGCGUACAAGAAACCUCGUGUUUCAUUUUUACGCCUUGAUGCGAAAGACGCUGCUUCAAAACAAAUACCACACAUUAGUGAAUACCUGCAAGCUAUCGACCGAUCUGAUAACAGAAAUAAAAGAUCAGUGGAACAAGGUUUGAAGUUCCACUCAUUUGAGCAUAUAUACAAACAUUCUGGAGCCUUUGCGUUCCUUUUCUACGUGCACACGCAGUUUCGGGAGCUGAAAUAUGAAUCUCUGGAAUUGCUAGCACAGACAAUCAAUAAAUCGCCGACCUGGUCUACUUUUGCAGUAGAUAAAACGGGGUGGUUUUCUGAAUGUGUAACUCUAUACAAGAAGAGUUGUGCUGCAUAUCGCAAGCAACGGCGUCUGAAACGUCCUAUCGACUCUGAAGGCCUUGAAGAAAGCCAGAACAAACGUAGACAAGAGGUAUUCACAUCUACAACUGAAAUAGAUGGCACAGGUAUGGCACAGAGAGUUGGUCAAAAUACAAGUACAAGCCAGUCAACGGUCGAAUCGAACAUACAGCCUAUGAACGAAUUGCCAUCAUUUCAAAAUAGCGGAAUCCCAGAAUUCGCAUUGGACGAAAUUUUAUUCAAUCCUUACUUCGCAGAUUUCGGCUUCCCAGAAGGUGAACGAGAGGAUUCCUCAAUUCCUCAGAAUUUUUCCGUCCCGCAAAUGGCUUGUUGA